AUGAUAUCGGUAAGAUUCUAUGGAACUACAGCAUAUCUCAUCGACAAAAGUCUUAUACCAAUAGUUUUGUUAUGGUUAGACCCAGUUGUUGGAUAUAACUUCAUAACAUAUGGUUCAUUCGAUACGGAACGUUGCAGUGAAGGCUUACUUUACAUCGUUCAGAAACCGAAGGACUUCAAUACAAAGAGAUAUAAGAUAGGAAGAACAUAUAAUAUAACUCAAAGAUAUGACAGUACAGUCAAUAUAGUCAAGGUUGUGUUUGCUAAUGAUAUGAGAGCUGCUGAAACAGAACUACUUGAAAAGUUUGAGAAAAUGUAUGGUGCUCCCACGAAAGGUAAAGAAACGUUUGAAGUAGAUGAGAUAGAUAAAGCUAUAAAAUUAUUUGACGAAGUUGCUGAAAAAUACAUGUAA